CCUGUUAAGUGUGAGGGUUUGGGGUCCUGUUAAGUGUGAGGGUGUGGGAUCCUGUUAAGUGUCUCAGCUACAUGAAUGGAGCAGAAACACACUAAUCACAAAGGGCACGAGACACCCAAAACCUCUUCUGAAGUGACACAUGGCACUCCUAAGGUGCAAGUGACAGUGAACCAUGGACAGGGAUACGUUUGGGACCCACGGGAUGUGUGGCAACUGUGGCGGGAGUACAGGGUGGUGGGCAGCCUUGCCGGGACACUUCCCCGCCACCCUCACCAGUCCAACACACUGGGUCUCCCCCUUAAGCUUUUGCAUGAGGAAGUCACUCUGCUGCUAGAGGAAGGACUGGGAGAGACAGUGCAGUACAAAGAGAUGAAGGAGAGACCCUCACAGAUGCUGAAAGACAUCUUCAAUAACCACAGGGACAGCUGCUACAGGGAACAGAAAGAGGCGGCGGCCAGACAACGAAUAGACCAAGUCAAGAAGAUGGCAGGAAAGAUCUUGGAAGGUAAGAGAAAGAAAUUCCUAAUGAAGCAGAACAAAGAGCAGUCAAAGGAGGUCAAACAGGAUACUCCAGGAAGCAAGACAGAAGCAUUCACUCUCACCAUAGAAGAGGUGAUAAAGGAGGAAGAAGAGAAGCUGCAGCCACUACCUCCUCAGCAUCAGGUUGUGGAGGUCUUCACUCGCCACCCUUUGUUGAACCACCUGACUGCAGAGCCCUGUACUUGGCCUUAUCCCAUCACACAGCAUGAGAAGAUCAAAUCAAAAGUGUUCAGUGACCUCUGGCACCAAGGCCUUUACCUCACCUCUGGCAUCAAGUUUGGGGGUGACUUCUUGGUGUAUUCAGGGAACCCUCACCUCUACCAUGCUCAUGCAAUAGUGAGAUGUGUUGCAGAAAAUCAGAUGGAGUCAGGAGAGGGGUGUGAUCUGGUUGCUGCUACACGAGUAGCUGCAGCUACCAAGAAAACGUUUGUUCUGGCCACCCUGGACCACAGUGGACAAGUUAUCUACCAUUCCUAUCACUGGUACGAGGAUCAUGAACAGGAGGAGGGUAUGGAGAGUGAUGGUGAAGAGUUAUGAGAAUCUGAAGAUAAGUUCCUACCACUAUUUGAGGAGCAGUAAAUUAUAUAGAGGAGAGUGAAGAAAUAUCAGUUGUGCUCUUACCCUAGGACAAAGGCCCUACAAGUAGAUAAAUAUGGAAAGAUGACGUGUUUUCAGGUGUGGUGCAGAUUGAGACAUGUACAUCAAUGAGUUAGUCAACUAAGAGAUGAUGAAUUGUUCCAAGAUGUGAUGAAGAUUGAAAGACUUACAUACAUCAGUGAAUCAGAGUGGACUUCAGUGGUGCUGUGAUACUUUACUAGACAAAUUUGCUCAAUGUUGGAUCAUUUAGUGAAUAUAGUACAGUGCCUGAUAGUGCCAUGUUUUAGAGGUGUGCCAGAACUGUGGCUGUCCCCCUACAAUGCCUGCCCCACACUGUCUGGCAUGCAGGUGCAAUACAAUUCUGCUGCCAGAUGAACAGGUACACAGAAACAUUGAUAAUGAUUCCACAAUUAUAUGGAUCUUGAAGCUGAGGUUAUAUAUAAAAUAAAACACGAAAAAGG